AUCAACAUGGUUGCUUCUCCUAGACCCGGAUCCCCCUUUGGCCGUCCCUCCAGCUCUGCUUCCCGCACCAAGGUCGAGGAAGAAUUGCAUGAACUUGCUGGUAUCGACUAUGAUCGCGUCACUAUCAAGCGCAACCCCUCCGUCGCUGUCCUCUACGAAGAAGCCUUGACCUACGAACAAGGCACCGUCAUCUCGUCUGCCGGUGCUCUCUGUGCCUACUCUGGCAAGAAGAUGGGCCGCUCCCCCAAGGACAAGCGUAUCGUCCGCGAAGAGACCUCGGACAAGGACAUCUGGUGGGGUCCUGUCAACACGCCUCUUGAAGAAAAGGUCUUUUUGAUCAACCGUGAGCGUGCCAUCGAUUACUUGAACACCCGUCCUCGCUUGUACGUCUUUGACGGUUUCGCCGGCUGGGACCCCAAGUACCGCAAGAAGGUCCGUGUCGUUGCCACCCGUGCCUACCACUUGUUGUUCAUGCGCAACAUGUUGAUCCGUCCCACCGAGGAAGAGUUGGAAAACUUUGGCACUCCCGACUUCACCAUCUUCAACGCCGGUGAGUUCCCUGCCAACCGUUACACCACCGGCAUGACCUCCACCACCUCUGUCUCCAUCAACUUCAAGCGCAACGAAAUGGUUAUCCUCGGUACCGAGUACGCUGGUGAGAUGAAGAAGGGUAUCUUCUCUGUCAUGCACUACCUCAUGCCCAAGGCCGGUGUCUUGUCGCUCCACUCCUCUGCUAACGAGGGUCCCGAUGGUGAUGUCUCGCUCUUCUUUGGCUUGUCCGGUACUGGCAAGACCACUCUCUCUGCCGAUCCCAAGCGUGCCUUGAUUGGUGAUGACGAACACUGCUGGUCCGACUCGGGUGUGUUCAACAUUGAAGGUGGCUGCUAUGCCAAGUGCAUUGACUUGUCUGGUGAAAAGGAGCCCGAUAUUUUCAACGCCAUCAAGUUUGGUUCGGUAUUGGAAAACGUUGUGUUGGAUGAGGAGAGCCGUGUUGUCGACUACUCGGACGAUUUCUUGACCGAGAACACUCGUGCUUCGUACCCCAUCUACCACAUUCCCAACGCCAAGAUCCCUUGCAUGGGCGGUCACCCCAAGAACAUCAUCUUGUUGACCUGCGAUGCUUUCGGUGUCUUGCCACCUGUCUCCAAGUUGACUCCCGAACAGGCCAUGUACCACUUUAUCUCUGGCUACACCACCAAGGUCCCCGGUACCGAAGACGGCAUUGUCGAGCCCCAGGCUACCUUCUCUGCCUGCUUUGGCGCACCCUUCUUGGUCUUGCAUCCUCAACGCUAUGCUACCAUGUUGGCUGAGAAGAUGUCGCAGCACAAGGCCAACGCCUGGUUGAUCAACACCGGCUGGAUCGGUGGCAAGGCUGGUGUUGCCAAGCGUUGCCCUCUGAAGUACACCCGUGCCAUCUUGGACGCUAUCCACAGCGGCGAAUUGGCCAAUGCUGAAUUCGAGAACUACGGCGUCUUCAACCUCCAAGUCCCCAAGAAGGUCUCCAACGUCCCCGAAGAAUUGCUCGACCCCCGCAAGGCUUGGAUGGGCACCCCCGAUGAGUUCACUGGCUCCCUCAACCAGGUUGCCAACAUGUUCAUCGAGAACUUCAAGACUUUCCAGGAAGGUGCUACUGCCGAGACUGUCGCUGCUGGUCCCAAGCUGUAAAUUCGCCAACAAACACACACACACACCACUCUCCAUAUAUCUCCUCUCUUGAAUCCGCCUAAAGACAUAUCCAUCUGACAAAACAAUCCGCUAUAUACACCAUAUCUCACAUUCAACACACAUCUUUCAACAACCAACUUCAUCAUAUUUUGUGAAUAGUCAUCCUAAAAGAACAAAAAAGAUCAUUCUUCUCUCAUAUUCUCACUAGACAUGAUCAUUAUAUCUUUCUCUAAUUAAAAAUAAUAAACUCGACCAUGGGUUUGUCUUUUUGUAUUCAAAAGAAUAUCCAAUAUAUUUGGGUUUUGUCAUUUCGCUAUUUAAAUUGAAGUUUUGACAACCGGUGUCGAUCUUUCAAAAAUUGUC